GGCGACACAUGCGCUCCCUGAAAAACCCACCGAGCAAGCAAGGCAUGUGUUCCUUGUCUUGAACCACCUUCCUGUCAAAGUCAUGUCAUGCACCCAAACAAAACCUCCAUUUAAUCUCCCUUGUUCAUCCUUCCUUCCAGAAGUAAUCCACAGCUUGGCUUAGCCCAUCAUAGGCCGCCCACUAACAAAGAAGAGAGAGAGGAAAUUCUUUUUCUAACAGGGUAGCAUAAUUACCAGCACCACCUUGUAAGCUGUGAUGAUCCAUGUGCCUUGCCCUGCUAUAUAACAAUCCCCUAAGCAGCUCUGUCUCUUAGCCGUCCUACUUCUACUUCUCCUUCUCUUCCUUGGGCACAUUGUUUGGCGAGGUGCCAACUUAAUCUGGUGGCCAUGGAGCGGAGGACGAGAGGGUCGCCGUCGUGGUGCGUCCUCCUCCUGUGUCUGUGUCUGGCCGCCGCGGCCGAGACAUUGGCGGACCCGCUGCCGCCCUACUACAACGCCAUCUUCAGCUUCGGCGACUCCUUCUCCGACACGGGCAACUUCGUCAUCAUCAACUCCGGCAAGCUGCCCAACAUGCCCAAGUUCCCGCCGCCCUACGCGCGAUGCUCAAACGGACGACUCGUCAUCGACUUCCUAGCCGAGGCGUUGGGGGUGCCGCUGCUGCCGCCGUCGGCGAACAAGGGCACCAACUUCACCCAGGGCGCCAACUUCGCGGUCAUGGGCGCCACCGCGCUGGACCUCAAGUACUUCAGGGACAACAACGUGUGGAGCAUCCCGCCCUUCAACACCUCCAUGAACUGCCAGCUCGAGUGGUUCCAGGAGGUCAAGAAGACAAUCUGCUCAUCACCGCAAGAGUGCAGUUCUUUGUUCGGCAAGGCCCUGUUCGUGUUCGGCGAGUUCGGGGGCAACGACUACAGCUUCGCGUGGAAGGCGGAGUGGACCCUGGAGAGGGUGAAGACGGAGAUGGUGCCGGCGGUGGUGGCGUCCAUGAUCGGCGGCAUCGAGGCGAUCCUGGACGAGGGCGCGCGGCACGUGGUGGUGCCGGGGAACCUCCCCGCCGGCUGCAUCCCCAUCACGCUCACCAUGUACGCCACCGACGACCGGUCAGACUACGACCCGCGCACCGGGUGCCUCAAGAAGUUCAACAGCGUCGCGCUGUACCACAACGCCAUGCUCCGGAUCGCGCUGGACCAGCUGCAGCGCCGCCGGCCCGAGGCGCGCAUCAUCUACGCCGACUACUACACGCCCUACAUCCAGUUCGCCAGGACGCCGCACCUCUACGGGUACCGGAGGGGAGCCCUGCGAGCGUGCUGCGGCGGCGGCGGGCCGUACAACUACAACAUGAGCGCGUCGUGUGGCCUGCCCGGCGCCACGACGUGCGACGACCCUGACUCGCACGUCAGCUGGGACGGCAUCCAUCUCACCGAGGCGCCCUACCGCUUCAUCGCCAACACCUGGCUCAAGGGCCCCUACGCGCACCCGCCCAUCGCCAGCCUUCUCCGCGACGACAUGGUCUAUUAACCUAACAACAACACACAUGAUACCAUACAUAGUCCAUUUCUACAUUGUAAACUACACCUUGGUAUAAUCCGUGUGUGCGUGUGUUUUUUGGGUUUUUUUUGGCUUUACUAG